AUGCCAAUCACCUCACAUCUUAAACAUUUGAUUGUACAGUGUUCCGGUAACGGUGGUGACAUGAAAGUACCGUCGGUAAAGUUGGAAGUGGACGGUGAACCUUUUUUCCUAAAACGACGCGUCCUCCCAUACGCUCAACGGGAAGGUGUCCUGAAAGCAUUACAGAAGAUGGAACAGGAUGGCGUGAUCAGCAAAGUUGAAUCCAGUGCCUGGGCUACCCCGAUCACCGUGGCGAUGAAAAGUGAUGCUAGGACACCACGGAUCUGUGGAGACUAUCGACUGACGUAG